GUAUCACGGUGAAGGUCUGCAAGUGUUGUCUUGUACUCUUUAACAUUUUCUUUUUACAGCUGUGCUUGUUGAACACUAAAAGGGUGACAGCAGCAUUUAAAAAAGCCUUGGAAGACUUCAUGUUAAAGAGGAGUACACAUCUUCAUCCAGUGCUAUUCACAGAAUUGAUAAAGCGAUUCCCGCAUCUUGGGUGGCAUUUAGCUGCAGAUUUAGUUGAGUACCUUGAAACUGCAGUUAAUAAUUUCAGAAAGAGCCAAGCAUGUUUGAUGCUCUUACAGUUGAUGUCGCAAAAGACUCCAGAAAAUUCCACGCACAUAAAAAAUAUCGCUCCUUCUUUACAAACGACGUUGAACUCAGUAAUGACAAAGGCCGCUGAAUCUAACUCAGACGUGAAGAUAAAACAUCUGCGAGAAAUUCUUAAACUCACCACAAAGUUCAUCAAUGAAUUGAAACAUACAGAAGAGGUUGCAGUGUUAUUACGGGCAGAUCAGCUCAGGGAAGGAGUGACACGCAUCCAGGAUAGUGCGUUAGCUAAAAAGUCCCCAGACGUUAAGGGUGUUUGUCACGCAAUCCUCUCAAACUUGUCACGGUCGUCUACUGAAGAGGAAAAAAACCUGAAAAACUCGAGAAGAAAACGAGAAGCAAAUGGCCACAUAAAAGAUGAAACCACAACCAAAGAUGGUGAAACCACAACCAAAGAUGGUGGGGCUGAAUCUAGUUCGACAGAAAAAGAAGUAAAGAAGAAACGAAAGAAGAAAAAGAUUGAGCAUUUGUAGAACAUUGAGGCAGUGAUUAUUUGUCAAUACAUUGUAUUUUAUUUUACGAUUGAAAAAAGAAAACAGCCAAGAAUAUUUGAACUGAAAUGGUUAGCUUGGUUGAAAGUGUCACCUAUUCCAAUUGUUCCACGGUUAAAAGCCAGCCUGUGAAUGAAGAAGAAAAAAAUCUCUUUGUCAACAUAAACUGCAAAAGGCAUUA